CUCCCUAGAUCUCAUUCCAACUCUGGGGAAGAGAAACAGCUAGCCCUCUGUAAACAAGUUUCAGGAGAGGGAGGCUGGGAACAGUGCUAGUGCAUUAAGAAAUCCCUCACCAAAAUGCCUGAAACAGACUCAUUCUGCUGUUAGCUUGCAAAAACUCGCUUCCCUCUGAGUUCUGAAGUUUUUGCAACGUUUCUUAACCUCAGAGAGCAGGAGUAGCCUUUCUGUGAUUUCCGGGCUAGAACAGGAAACUUUGGUUCUAAGGCAUCCGGACAGUGUGGUUUCAGGAUUCAGGAGGGGUGAAAGCCCCCUUUUCUUGCCAUUGUCUGCACUCAGGCUAGAGAAUUGAAGGAGCACUGCAGCUCCUGGAAGAAGAUCCAAAGCCUUCAGAGCCCUGGUCUCUGCAGAGGUUCACCGAAAACCGUGCAGGCUAGCUUAUCUCGGCUCCUUGGACUCCCUCUCUCUUAUCCCGAGACCUUUUCCCUCUCUUUCUGCUGACUGCAUCUAGGGAGUGAGUUGGAGCAUUGCUCAAGAAAUUAAUCAGUGACCGGGUUGGGCCUGGCUCAGGGCUGAAAGAGGCCUGUCAUUCGAACUGCCGCCUGGACUGUCAGCCCCUCCAAGCUCAACCGUUGCUUGCUGCCUCUACCCAGCCCAGCCAUGGGGUGCUGGGGCUUGUUCCUCGCCCUCCUGUGCUGCCUUGGGGUCUCUGGCCAGCUCUGUGAAAUCAAAAUCCACGACAGACAUUUGGUGGACCUGUGGGACCGGCAGCUGUUGACCUGGCUGGACUCUCACUCUCCUGCCCAGCUAAAUCCCAGCAUCUACGUGGGAUUCUUCCUCUCUCAGCCACACCACCGCCAUGCAGACAAAGAGGCUCUCUACCUGGAGAAGCUUAUGGUCCAUUACCAGCGGAGCAGCAGUUUUGCCGCCGAUGGCCAGAAGCCCAACAUUGGCCAGCUGGCCCUGUAUUUCUUAGCCCUGCGGGCCGGCUGUGUACCCAUCAGCAAGAAUAAAGGAAAUACCUUGGUGACUCAACUAAAGGGCCACUUGGAAGAAGCCCAGAAGCAGAUCGGCUACACUCCCAAGUGUCAUUCUCCCAGGCCCCAUCUUCACAAGAAUUGUUUCCGCACCAACUACUACCAGUACAGCCUGGGGGUCUUGGCCUUAUGUGUCCAUGGCAAAGUGGUGCCAGACCACGUUGUUGAACAGCUCCUGUGUGAAGUGGAGCAUUGCCAGCACUCUGUGGACACAGUAGCGGUGAUGGGUUUAGCCUUCAUCUGUCUGAAGGGUGCCAACCUCAAUCCCAACCUUGACCCCAAGAUGGAGGAUGCCACUCAGCAGGUGGUAAAGAAGAUCCUUCAAGCCCAGACCCCCGAAGGACAUUUUGGGAACCUGUACAGCAGCCCCCUCGCACUGCAGGUCCUGAUGGCCGCGGAGGCGAAGGACGAGGAGUCGGCCUGCGAGAGAGCUGGGAUAGCUCUAAUGAGGAGCCUGCGGAACGGUGACUUCCAGAACCCUGUCACCCUGUCUCAGCUGCUGCCCGUCUUGCACCACAAGACUUACCUGGACCUGAUUCCCUUUGACUGCUCAAAGGAGAAAGUGACCAUGAAGGUCCAUUUGAAGAUAAAGAAUGACCUGCGCGAGCCGAAGAUGUUCGCCUCCAGGCACCGGCACAGCUUCACGGUCACGGUCCCCUCCGGAGCCUACCUGGAGGACGUGCUGAAGAAGGCCCAGGAGCUGGGAAAACUGACGUAUGAAACGCAGCACACCCUGUCUGGCCCCUUCCUGACCACAGUGGAAGGGGUGAAAGCGGAGGACCGUGAAUAUUGGCAGCUUCUCAGCGCCUCAGGCCCAGGCCAGAACCAAGGGGUCACUCCUCUGCUCCAAGGUGUGGCUGACUACAGGCCCAAGGAUGAAGAGGUCGUCAUUCUGCAGCUGAGUAAGUGGUAGGGCGGCUACCACGCUCCCCUUCCUAGGCCGGCCUGAGCCGCGGCCUGCAUCUUCUUCGUGCCUCUGCUCUCCUCCUUCCUUCUCCCCGGAAGACCGUGGCCUGGGCCGGCAAGCACUCCUGGACACUUCUGACCUCACCGCCUCCUCCUUCCCCCAGAAGCCGUGUUUUCCCUCGGAUCAUCCCAAGCCGUCGGCCUUAAAAGCGAUUCUGGUGGCGGCUGGGAGGGAGGGGAAGGAGACCGGUGAGCUGUGGCGCGACUGGGGUUUGGGGGACAUCUGCAACUUCCUGUCCCGUGGCUGCAGCUAUAACCCCUGUGAGCUCAGAGGUGGGAGAUGGGAAGCGACUCCGACAGUUGAUCCUCCCAUCCCCAAAAUACGUUGAGGUCUUUGGCUCGGUUUGAACUGUGCUGGGGCUUCCACCCCUUUCCUUGGCAGGUUAUGCUACCACCUAGAAGGGAAGAAUCAGGUUUAGGUGUUAACUGCCCUGCGGCCUUCCUCCGGGGAGAGGAGAUGUAGUAACUCUUAGCUCUGACCCAAAGCUUCGGUGAACCCCUCCGGCGAGCCUCUCCCGCCACCGCCUUGCUACUUGUGUGCUCACAGCAAUUUGCUUCAAAUGAGACUUUGAGUUCUCUUUUCUCACUUGGGCCCUUGCUCCCCUGUGUCUGGAAUUCUGGAAGAGUUUGCUCCUCCUCUUACUUUAGGGGAGCUUGUUCAGGCUCUGCCGUCAGGGGCAGGUAAUGAAUACUGUUGAUGCUCGGAUCAGAAGUGAUUAAAGCAGUGAUUUUCAAGAAA